CCUCCCAGAGCAGAGGACCGGCUGGCUGGUGUGAAGAGCAUUGGUGGCCACAGAGGUGGUGUGAAGAUGGCCUUCAGCAGCUCCCAGCCUCCCUACCUGAGCCCAGGUGUCCCCUUCUCCGGGAAAAUCCAGGGGGGUCUCCAGGACGGACUUAAAAUCACAAUCAGUGGGACCAUUCUUUACUCCAAUGGAACCAGGUUUGCUGUGAACUUUCAUAGUGGCCACAGCGACAGUGACAUCGCCUUCCACUUCAACCCUCGCUUUGAGGAGGGUGGAUAUGUGGUCUGUAACACGAAGCAGAAAGGAUCCUGGGGGUCAGAGGAGAGGAAGAUGCAUAUGCCCUUCCAGAUGGGGAAUCCAUUUGAGCUCUGCUUCAUGGUGAACAGCUGCGAUUUCAAGGUGAUGGUGAACGGGAGCCAUUUUAUGCAGUAUUCACAUCGCGUGCCCUUCCACUGUGUGGACACCCUCUCCAUCACUGGGGCUGUGCAGCUGUCCUACAUUAGCUUCCAGAACACCCGAGUUACCAUUACCCAGUCUGCCUUCUCCACGAUGCAGUUCCCCCAGACUGCCUGUUUCCCACCCAGGCCCAAGGGGCGAAAGCCAAAAUCUCCAGGCGUUUGGCAGAGCAACUCAGCUCCCAUCACUCAAACAGUCAUCCACACUGUGCAGACCACCCCUGGACAGCCGUUCCCUAAUCCUAUCAUCCCACCUAUGGCGUACCCCACCCCAACCUAUCCGAUGCCUUUCUUCACCUCCAUCCCGGGUGGGUUGUACCCCUCCAAGAACAUCAUCGUGUCAGGCACUGUCCUGCCCAGUGCCAAGAGGUUCCACAUCAACCUGCGCUCUGGGAAUGACAUUGCCUUCCACCUGAACCCCCGCUUCAAUGAGAACACCGUGGUCCGCAACACGCAGAUCAACAACUCUUGGGGGUCUGAGGAGCGAAGCCUGCCCCGAAAAAUGCCUUUUGUCCAAGGCCAGAGCUUCUCGGUGUGGAUCAUGUGUGAGGGCCACUGCUUCAAGGUAGCUGUGGAUGGUCAGCACCUGUUUGAGUACUACCACCGCCUGAAGAACCUGCCGGCCAUCAACAACAUGGAAGUGGCGGGCGACGUCCAACUGACCCACGUGCAGACAUAGGUGCCCCAGAGCCAAACACUGUGACUUUCUACGAUGGGAUUGUGGUCAAGGCCUUCACUGCGGAGUCGGCAUCACAGGCAGGACUGCAUUUCUACUACCCCCCCGAAGUAGGGUGUCCCCCGGGUGAGGCACAGUGCAGGCCUGGCAGGCAAGCCUGGCUUCCUCACCCCGCUUUCGGGCCUGCGGAUAUGCACAAAGUUCCACAUGCUGCCCCAUACCUGGUGGCCAU